AUUGUUUGAUAUUUGUUUUUUUUCACCUUGCAUAAUAUCUUACCGGAAUCUUACUACCAUGGUAGCUUGAGAAACAAUGCUGUGGAUAUUCAGAGUCAUUAUGUUUUAACUGGUAUCAUACUACUUUCAGUGUAAGAAUCAAAUGCUUAGGAAAAUAUAUGUUACAAUUCAUUUUUGCUAUCUUGCAGGAUAUAGUAGGAACCCUCAAACAGAAGCUUUCUUGCAGUUUCUAGAACUUCCUUAUAUUCUUGAUAACAACACAUCAGAAUCAAGGGAACAAACCCGUAGUCCGGCUUCCUUUGUUUCUACAGGUGUAGGUUCCUUUGACCAUGACAGUGACGUGGAUGAAAUAGAAGAACUUGCUGAAGCUCAUGAUGCAGAAACCCAGGAGGAAAUUUUAUAGAACUUUGGAAAUCCCUGGGUAUUCCACCAAGAACCAAGUUAAUGUCGUUAUCGGCUUCAUUGAUACCGAUGGAGCUUAUUGCCAAAAUGAGGAAUCCGUUUAUUGUGGAGUAUAAAGAUUCUUGGGUAGAGAAGGGCUGCUAUGUAUGCAUCAUUAUUGGUUAUUGUGAAGGAGGAGACAUGGCAGAAGCUAUAAAGAAAGCAAAUGGUGUUCUUUUUUCCGAUGAGGUUGUAGGAACUCCAAGUUAUAUGUGCCCUGAGCUUCUUGCUGACAUACCUUAUGGCUCUAAGUCAGACAUUUGGUCCUUGGUCAGGCCCUCAUCAAAAGCAUGCUGCGGAGAAAACCCAGAACUUCGGCCGAGUUUAUUUCCUGUUCUUUAUUCUUUUUUUUACACUUUCCGAAAAUGUUUUACGUAGGAGAAACAUUAAUAUAAGCAUACGAAUGAUUUGCCAUUGCCUUAGAUAAUCUAAAUGAUUCCUAAUUCAUUAAUUAGGACUCAGCUAGUUGUGUUUGUUCUAGCUAAUAUAUUGCCAUUCAUAGUCAUCGGCAUAAGCCUUUUCUAGUAAGUUUCUCUAAUAAUUUUAAAUCCCUGUAAUGUAUCUUCCAAAAUUCGAAGCCAAGACAUUUUUAAGGUACUUAUUGGUUUUAUGUUUCAAUUGGAUUUAACUUUUGUGGCUUUGUAUAUAAGGUAGUAAUUUUUUGAUUGAGAAUUGUGAA